AUGAGCGCCAACACAUCUGCUGUCAAAACUCUUGCCAUUCAGAAGCCAGAAGUGAUGGAAGAACAGUCAUUUAUGAUGAGGCAAUUCUUAAUGAAGAACAGCGCCCGAAGCCUGAGAUCAGGAUUUGGGAUCACGAACCUUCAAAGCAAACAGUUCGCAAAAUCGAUCCCGUCGAUACUCCUCCGAACUACUUUCUCGAGGAACUAA